GGCCUCUCCAGGGUCUCUCUGGUCCCUCCUCCAAAGCAGGGCCAGGCCCCCCCCCCCCUGACCCCUCUCUUACCCCUGGGAUGGGGCGUGGUCUGGGGCCAGGAGGUCAAAGGUCAGAGAUGCCUCGCCCCGCUCAGCAGGUGGUCUAUGUCUUCACUACCAGCCUGGCCAACAGGUGAGACACACACUAUGAACACGCACACUUAUACACACACACCUCGUCUGGUAAGAUAGGGGGCUCUUCACACAGAAAUGCCGAGCAGAAAAGUGCGAAUUGAACAAAUCAAGUUUUUGUGGUCUGGUCUUGUCAUGUUUAUUCUGUACUAAAAUGACUAAACAGCAGGUGAAGUAGUACCCCUAACCCAGGUGAAGUAGUACCCCUAACCCAGGUGAAGUAAUACCCCUAACCCAGGUGAUGUAAUACCCCUAACCCAGGUGAUGUAGUACCCCUAACCCAGGUGAUGUAAUACCCCUAACCCAGGUGAAGUAGUACCCCUAACCCAGGUGAAGUAGUACCCCUAACCCAGGUGAUGUAGUACCCCUAACCCAGGUAAAGUAGUACCCCUAACCCAGGUGAAGUAGUACCCCUAACCCAGGUGAAGUAGUACCCCUAACCCAGGUGAAGUAGUACCCCUAACCCAGGUGAAGUAGUACCCCUAACCCAGGUGAAGUAGUACCCCUAACCCAGGUGAUGUAAUACCCCUAACCCAGGUGAAGUAGUACCCUUAACCCAGGUGAAGUAGUAAAACUAACCCAGGUGAAGUAGUACUCCUAACCCAGGUGAAGUAGUACCCCUAACCCAGGUGAAGUAGUACCCCUAACCCAGGUGAAGUAGUACCCCUAACCCAGGUGAAGUAGUACCCCUAACCCAGGUGAAGUAGUACCCCUAACCCAGGUGAAGUAGUACCCCUAACCCAGGUGAAGUAGUACCCCUAACCCAGGUGAAGUAAUACCCCUAACCCAGGUGAAGUAAUACCCCUAACCCAGGUGAAGUAGUACCCCUAACCCAGGUGAAGUAGUACCCCUAACCCAGGUGAAGUAGUACCCCUAACCCAGGUGAAGUAGUACCCCUAACCCAGGUGAAGUAGUACCCCUAACCCAGGUGAAGUAGUACCCCUAACCCAGGUGAAGUAUACCCCUAACCCAGGUGAAGUAUAGUACCCCUAACCCGGUGAGUAGUAACUAACCCAGGUGAAGUAGUACCCCUAACCCAGGUGAAGUAGUAAAACUAACCCAGGUAAAGUAGUACCCCUAACCCAGGUGAAGUAGUACCCCUAACCCAGGUGAAGUAGUAAAACUAACCCAGGUGAAGUAGUACCCCUAACCCAGGUGAAGUAAGUACCCACUAACCCAGGUGAAUAGUACUAACCCAGUAGUAUACCCCUAACCCAGGUGAAGUAGUACCCUAACCCAGGUGAAGUAGUAAACUAACCCAGGUGAAGUAGUACCCCUAACCCAGGUGAAGUAGUACCCUAACCCAGGUGAAGUAGUAACCCCUAACCCAGGUGAAGUAGUAAACUAACCCAGGUGAAGUAGUACCCCUAACCCAGGUGAAGUAGUACCCCUAACCCAGGUGAAGUAAUACCCCUAACCCAGGUGAAGUAGUACCCCUAACCCAGGUGAAGUAGUAAAACUAACCCAGGUGAAGUAGUAAACAACCGUAACCACCCAGGUGAAGUAGUACCCCUAACCCAGGUGAAGUAGUACCCCUAACCAGGUGAAGUAGUACCCCUAACCCAGGUGAAGUAGUACCCCUAACCCAGGUGAAGUAGUACCCCUAACCCAGGUGAAGUAGUACCCCUAACCCAGGUGAAGUAGUAACCCUAACCCAGGUGAAGUAGUACCCCUAACCCAGGUGAAGUAGUACCCCUAACCCAGGUGAAGUAGUACCCCUAACCCAGGUGAAGUAAGUAACCCUCAUAACCCUAACCCAGGUGAAGUAGUACCUACCCUAACCCUAACCCAGGUGAAGUAGUACCCCUAACCCAGGUGAAGUAGUACCCCUAACCCAGGUGAAGUAGUACCCCUAACCCAGGUGAAGUAGUACCCCUAACCCAGGUGAAGUAGUACCCCUAACCCAGGUGAAGUAGUACCCCUAACCCAGGUGAAGUAGUACCCCUAACCCAGGUGAGUAGUAACCCCUAACCCAGGUGAAGUAGUACCAACCCUGAAAAAAACCCAGGUAAGUAGUACCCCUAACCCAGGUGAAGUAGUACCCUAACCCAGGUGAAGUAGUAAACUAACCCAGGUGAAGUAGUACCCCUAACCCAGGUGAUGUAAUACCCCUAACCCAGGUGAUGUAGUACCCCUAACCCAGGUGAAGUAGUACCCCUAACCCAGGUGAAGUAGUAAAACUAACCCAGGUGAAGUAGUACCCCUAACCCAGGUGAAGUAGUACCCCUAACCCAGGUAAGUAAGUACCCCUAACCCAGGUGAAGUAGUACCCCUAACCCAGGUGAAGUAGUAAAACUAACCCAGGUGAAGUAGUACCCCUAACCCAGGUGAAGUAGUACCCCUAACCCAGGUGAAGUAGUACCCCUAACCCAGGUGAAGUAGUACCCCUAACCCAGGUGAAGUAGUAAAACUAACCCAGGUGAAGUAGUAAAACUAACCCAGGUGAAGUAGUACCCCUAACCCAGGUGAAGUAGUAACCCCUAACCCAGGUGAAGUAGUACCCCUAACCCAGGUGAAGUAGUACCCCUAACCCAGGUGAAGUAGUACCCCUAACCCAGGUGAAGUAGUACCCCUAACCCAGGUGAAGUAGUAAAACUAACCCAGGUGAAGUAGUACCCCUAACCCAGGUGAAGUAGUACCCCUAACCCAGGUGAAGUAAUACCCCUAACCCAGGUGAAGUAGUACCCCUAACCCAGGUGAAGUAGUACCCCUAACCCAGGUGAAGUAAUACCCCUAACCCAGGUGAAGUAGUACCCCUAACCCAGGUGAAGUAGUACCCCUAACCCAGGUGAAGUAGUACUCCUAACCCAGGUGAAGUAGUACCCCUAACCCAGGUGAAGUAGUAACCCUAACCCAGGUGAUGUAAUACCCCUAACCCAGGUGAAGUAGUAAAACUAACCCAGGUAAAGUAGUACCCCUAACCCAGGUGAAGUAAUACCCCUAACCCAGGUGAAGUAGUAAAACUAACCCAGGUGAAGUAGUACCCCUAACCCAGGUGAAGUAAUACCCCUAACCAGGUGAAGUAAUACCCCUAACCCAGGUGAAGUAAUACCCCUAACCCAGGUGAAGUAGUACCCCUAAACCCAGGUGAAGUAAGUAAACCCCUAACCCAGGUAAGUAGUUAAAACCUAACCCAGGUGAAGUAGUACCCCUAACCCAGGUGAAGUAGUACCCCUAACCCAGGUGAAGUAGUACCCCUAACCCAGGUGAAGUAUCCCCUUUUGCAUUUGGCUGUUAUAGAGAGAAGCAGCAGUAUCCCCUUUUGCAUUUGGCUGUUAUAGAGAGAAGCAGCAGUCUAGCAGCUAGUAUUAACCCUGUAUUAUCUGGUCUGUCUGUCUGUCUCUCAGUGCUGCUGAAUCAGUGAUGCACGGCCACUCAGACUCUAUUCUCCUGUUCCACCAGCAGAAUGUCCCACGCACCAAACAACUGGAGCAGGUCAGCCACACACACACACACACACAGAGGGCGUUCGCAUGCUUCCCAUCACAAACUGUUUUUUUUAAUAGGUUGUGCAUAUAUUAUGAUGACAUUUUGGUCUUCGGCAAGGUUUUUUCGGCUAUGUGUUCACCCCAAAAAAUUCUGAGACAAGCCGAAGUCUACGCAACUUCGACGAUGAUUGGUCAACAGUAGGGAUUCUUCAACGAAGAGUUUGUUGUCGUUUAAUGAGAGACGCACACAGACACAGAUACACACACACACAGACACACACACACAGACACACACAGACACACACACACAGACACAACACACACACAGACACACACACAAGACACAACAACAGACACACCACAUCACACACACACACAGAACACACAGACACAACACCAGACACAACACACAUCACACACAGACACACAAACACAGACAACACACAACACACAUACACCACACCACACAGACACACACACACACACACACCACCAACACACACACAGCACACACACCACACACACACACACACACACACAGACACACACACAGAACACAAACCCACAUACACACACACACACACACACACACAACACACACCACACAGACACACCACACAGAACACACAGACACACACAGACACACACACACCACAGACACCACACACACACAGACACACACAGACACACACACACACAGACACACACACACACACACACACACACACACACACACACAGACACAGGGUGAUAUAUGACAGGGUGAUAUAUGACAGGGUGAUAUCUGACUAGUGGGAAGGGAAUGUGUGAAACUACAGGUGUUCUAGAAAGUGUUUAUCUAUUUCUGUCCACGUACUUGUCUUUGUUCCUGUUUCUAGUAGAAACUACAAGCUGUUGAAGUGUUUUGCUUUAGAUAUGCAAUGCUUUGCUUAAAAAUCUCCAUGAGUAUACACGUUUCAGUAACGGUAGAAUGCUUUAUUACUUGGCAUAAGCAUUUCUCAACCUUUUAAAAUGUAUUAUGAGAAGGCUUUAUUAACAACCUGUAAUAGUUCUGUGUGUCUCGUCUCCCCCUGUCUCUCCUCUCCCCCCGUCUCUCCUCUCCCCCUGUCUCUCCUCUCCCCCUGUCUCUCCUCUCCCCCCGUUUCUCUCCUCUCCCCCCGUCUCUCCUCUCCCCCGUCUCUCGUCUCCCCUGUCUCUCCUCUCCCCCUGUCUCUCCUCUCCCCCCUUUCUCUCCUCUCCCCCCGUCUCCUCUCCCCCGUCUCUCGUCCUUCCCCCUGUCUCUCCUCUCCCCCGUCCCCUCCUCUCCCCCCGUCUCUCCUCUCCCCCUGUCUCUCCUCUCCCCCUUCUCUCCUCUCCCCCCCUCUCUCUCUCCUCUCCCCCCUGUCUCUCCUCUCCCCCCCCGUCCUCUCCUCCCUCUCCCCCUGUCUCUCCUCUCCCCCCCUUCUCUCCUCUCCCCCUGUCUCUCCUCUCCCCCCCGUCUCUCCUCUCCCCCUGUCUCUCUCUCUCCCCCCUGUCCUCCUCUCCCCCGUCUCUCCUCUCCCCCCUGUCUCUCCUCUCCCCCCUCUCUCCUCCUCUCCCCCUGUCUCUCCUCUCCCCCCUUGCUCUCCUCUCCUCCCCGUCUCCCUCCCCCCGUCUCUCCUCUCCCCCCUGUCUCUCCUCUCCCCCCCUGUCUCUCCUCUCCCCCGUCUCUCCUCUCCCCCGUCUCUCCUCUCUCUCCCCCUGUCUCUCCUCUCCCCCCUGUCUCUCUCUCCUCUCCCCCCGUCCUCUCCUCUCCCCCUGUCUCUCCUCUCCCCCCUGUCUCUCCUCUCCCCCUGUCUCUCCUCUCCCCCCUUCUCUCCUCUCCCCCCUCUCUCCUCUUCCCCCUUUCCUCUCCUCUCCCCCCUGUCUCUCCUCCUUUCCCCCCUUUCUCUCUCCUCUCCCCCCCUGUCUCUCCUCUCCCCCCUGUCUCUCCUCUCCCCUGUCUCCCUCUCCCCCCUUCUCUCCUUUCCCCUCCCCCCUUUCUCUCCUCCCCCCUGUCUCUCCUCUCCCCUUCUCUCUUUUCCCCCUGUCCUCUCUCUUCUCCCCCGUCUCUCUUCUCCCCCGUCUCUCUCCUCCCCCUGUCUCUCUUCUCCCCCUGUCUCUCCUCUCCCCCCUGUCUCUCCCUCUCCCCCGUCUCUCCUCUCCCCCCUGUUCUCCUCCCCCCCUGUCUCUCUUCUAUCCCCCCCUGUCUCUCUUCUCCCCCCGUCUCUCUUCUCCACAUGUAUCUCCUCCCCCCUGUGUCUCUCCUCCCCCCUGUCUCUCCUCUCCAACCCCUGUCUCUACUCUCCCCCCCGUCUCUCCUCCCCCCCCCGUCUCUCAUCUCCCCCCCGUCUCUCUUCUCCCCCUGUCUCUCCUCUCCCCCUGUCUCUCCUCUCCCCUGUCUCUCCUCUCCCCCCCGUCUCUCCUCUCCCCCCUGUCUCUCCCCCCCCCCCCCCCCGUCUCUCCUCUCUCCCCCGUCUCUCCUCUCCCACAGUGCGCCCCAUCAGGGAAACAUCCCAGUCUGUCAGGGCAGCUGAGCUCCAGCAGCACCCCUCCCAUGGGCACCCCCAAGUCCCAGAGCGGCACCCCCAGACCGGCCUCUGUGGUAGGGUGCCACCUCCAGGCUGCGGGAAGCAGGACCCCCUCUUCAACGGGACACCCCGACUCUGAGCCCCCCCAGACCAGACUGGGGGGUCCUGGAGUCUCCAAUAACAGUAGCAGUACCCCCUCCCACCAGCCAGGGAGCGCUGUUGCGCCUACACCCUGUGGACCAGGCCCAGGCCCCGGGGGUGGAGGUCGUGGGGGGGAGGGGAAAGGGGUGCUGCCUCACCCCAGUGCGGGGGUGUCUCCGUCAGGUAGCCCCUCGGUGCUCUCAGCCCACCUGCAGGUCGAUGUGGGGGUGCGGGGCGGGGGUGGUCCGGGGGGUAACGGGGGAGACGGGGGUCUGUCUAAAGAACAGCUGGAGCACAGAGAGAGGUCUCUACAGACCCUCAGGGACAUCGAGAGGCUUCUGCUCCGCUCCGGGACAGCAGGGGGCGCCGUAGAGCCACCAGGCCCCAACAACAACCCCAACAAUGUAAACAACAUCAACACUGAGGGUAGUGGCGGCGGUCCGAUGGAGGACGGGGAGAAUAGCGGUAACGGUAAUAAUACUGGUGGGAACAGCUUGUUGCUUCCCCCUAUGGGCCAGAUGAAGAGGUACGAGGAGCCUCUCAGGUCCAUCAUCUCCCAGACGCAGCAGCUGGGGGGGCCAGGGGGGAUGGACGACUCUCCCAUGGGGGGUCCCCACCCCCACGGCCUGCCCCCCCACCACUCCCCUGGGGGCCUGGACAUGGGGCCCCUCUUGGGUCCUGACGGUCUGACCCCGGAGCAGGUCGCCUGGAGACAGCUGCAGGAGGAAUAUUACCAGGAGAAGAGAAGGCAACAGGAGAUUCAGCCCAACCCUCACACACACCCACAGCACUUCAGAAUGAUGCAGGAGAUGAGCAUGGGGCAGGGGGGGCCCCCGAUUAUGAUGAGGGGUCCCCCUCCGCCGUACCACAGCAAGCCUGGGGAGCAGCAGUGGGGGCCAGCUGGGAUGGGACCGGGAGGGAUGGGGCCGGGUAACCCUCGGAUGAUAGACAUGCACCACGAGGGGCCCCGGGGUCCACGGUUCCUGGGCCAGAUGCAGAGGGGUCCCCCUGGAGGAGGGGGGUUCCCAGGCAGUCCUGGAGGGGUGUUAUCCAUUGAGGGUCUCAGCCCCCAACGGGCCCCCAGGCCAGGCAUGUGGAUAGAAGACCUGCCCCCCAACAUGAUGGGUGGUGGCAGGGGGCCGUUCUACCAUGGGGGGCCAGGUGGGGGACCCCCCCAACACAUGCAGGGUGACCCUGAGCGCCUGCUGACCCGGGAAGAUAUGUUCCGCAUCAUGGAGAAGAGGCAGCUGCAGGGGCUCCACCACCUGGAGCUGGAGAGGAUAGCCCAACAACAACAACAGGGUAUGGGGGGCCCCAGGAUGAUGGAGGGGCCAGGGGGGUUCCCCAACCAGGGGAUGGGCCGAGGGCCGGGAUCGAGGGAGGACCCCAUGGACUUCCUAGGGUCCAGGGAGAUUAUGGGGUCCCCGGGCGGGGGUGUAGGAGGAGGGGGUCCCCAGAUGAGAGAUCUAGUAGACAACUCUCUCGGCCCCGGGGGGAUGAACAUGAACAUGAAUGCUAACAUGAUGAACCAGCAGAUGAACCAACAGCAGCAGAUGAUGCUGCAGAAGCUGAGAGGAGGAGGAAGAGGAGGAAGAGGAGGAGGAGGGCCACUAGGGGACUUGCUUAGCCAGGAGGACAUCGCUCGGAUCCGAGCCGCCCAGAAUGGUGGUGGACGUGGAGGGAAUAAAGUGAUGAUCCAGGGACCUGACGGCCCGCUCCAGUUCCCCAAUCAGGGGCCCUUCCCUGGGGGACCGGGAGGAGGCGAGGGGGGUUACCUCCAGGGGCCCGGGGUUGACAUGUUCGGAUUGCCUGACCAGCAUGGUGGGGGGCCUCACAUGGGGGGUACGUCUCGCCUCAGCCACAUGCCCAUGGGGGGCGGUGGUGGUGGGGGGGGACCCCGGUGCGCGGACCUAGGCCCUCACCACCCUUCGGACCUGUCCAUCAACGUGAACCCCAGCAUGGUCUCCCCGGCGAUGCACCCUCCCCCUCACCAGCUCAAGUCUCCGUCCCUCAUCCAGGAGCCGUCGCCCCUCAUGAGCUCACCCUCCGCCGCAGGCCUUAAGUCCCCCUCUCAGAUAUCCUCCGCUGGGGGUUCUCAGAGCCAGCAACACCCCCUACCUCCUGCCUCUGGGGCCGGGACCCCCUCCUCUUCCUCCAUGAAGUCUCCCCAGGUGAUGGGCCCCUCCCUGGGGCUGCGCUCCCCCUCGGGCUCCCCUGGACGUCUGAAGUCUCCAGCCAUGGUGGCGUCUCCAGGGUGGACGUCCUCUCCUAAGACAGCUCUACCCAGCCCUGGGGGACCUAGCAGUGGAAAGGGGCUGGGGAACGGAGGCAGCAGCUCCACAGAGACAGGUAAGAACUAGAUACGGGAUAGGUCCCAGAUGGACAUGUGACCUCUGAUAAGGACAGGGAUCACUGACUGUGCUAUCGCUACACUGUAGCCUGUCUUGAAUCUCUCCUUUAGAUCAAGUGCCUAUAGAAAGUCUACACCCUGUUUAUUUUUUUCCACAUUUUGUUGCGUUACAAAGUGGGAUUGAACUAGAUGUAUUUUUGUAAUUGAUCUACACACAAUACUCCAUAAUGUCAAAGUAAAAAUAAAAGUAUCUUUUAUUUUUACAAAUUAAUACAUUUUUUAUAACUAAAAUAUAGUCGUUGCAGAUGUAUUUAGUAAGUAUAAAUAAAUAAUAACAAUCAAUAUUAAGUAUUCUGCCCCUUUGUUUAGCCUAAAUGAGUUCAGGAGUAAAAUGUGGCUUAACAAAUCACAUAAGUUAUAUGGACUCACUCUGAAAUAAUAGGGGCUGACAUGAUUUCUGAAUGACUAACCCUUCCUCUGUCCCCCAUACAUACAACAUCUGUAAGGUCCCUCAGUCAAGUAUUGAAUUUAAAGCACAGAUUCAACUACAAAGACCAGGGAGCUUUUAGAAAGCCUCAUAAAGAAGGGCAGUGAUUGGUAGAAAAUCAGACAUUUAAUAUAUCUUUAACCAUGGUUAAGUGAAUAAUAUAUACACACUACAUGACCAACAGUAUGUGGACACCUGCUCAUCAAACAUCUCAUUCCAACAUCAUGGGCAUUAAUAUGGAGUUGGUCCCCCCUUUGCUGCUAUAACAGCCUCCACUCUUCUGGGAAGGCUUUCCACUAGAUGUUGGAACAUUGCUGCAGGGACUUGCUUCCAUUCAGCCACAAGAGUAUUAGUGAGGUCGGGCACUGAUGUUGGGCGAUUAGGCCUGGCUCGCAGUCGGCGUUCCUAUUCAUCCCAAAGGUGUUCGAUGGGGUUGAGGUCAGGGCUCUGUGUAGGCCAGUCAAGUUCUUCCACACCGAUCUCGACAAACCAUUUCUGUAUGGACCUCAAUUUGUGCACGGGGGCAUUGUCAUGCUGAAACAGGAAAGGGCCUUCCCCAAACUGUUGCCAAAAAGUUGGAAGCACAGAAUCGUCUAGAAUGUCAUUGUAUGGUGUAGCAUUAAGAUUUCCCUUCACUGGAACUAAGGGGCCUAGCCCGAACCAUGAAAAACAGCCCCAGACCAUUAUUUCUCCUCCACCAAACUUUACAGUUGGCACUAUGCAUUGGGGCAGGUCGUGUUCUCCUGGCAUCCGCCAAACCCAGAUUUGUCUGUCGGACUGCCAGAUGAUGAAGUGUGAUUCAUCACUCCAGAGAACGCGUUUCCACUGCUCCAGAGUCCAAUGGCGGCGAGCUUUACACCACUCCAGCCGAUGCUUGCCAUUGCCCAUGGUGAUCUUAGGCUUGUGUACGGCUGCUCGGCCAUGGAAACCCAUUUCAUGAAGCUCCCGACGAACAGUUCUUGUGCUGACGUUGCUUCCAGAGGCAGUGGCGGCGGUCCCGUUCUGUGAGCUUGUGUGGCCUACCACUUCGCGGCUGAGCCGUUGUUGCUCCUAGAUGUUUCCACUUCAUAAUAACAGCACUUACAGUUGACCGGGGCAGCUCUAGCAGGGCAGAAAUUUGACGAACUGACUUGUUGGAAAGGUGGCAUCCAAUGACUGUGCCACGUUGAAAGUCACUGAGCUCUUCAGUACGGACCAUUCUACUGCCAAUGUUUGUCUAUGGAGAUUGCAUGGCUGUGUGCUCGAUUUUAAACACCUGUCAGCAACGGGUGUGGCUGAAAUAGCAGAAUCCACUCAUUUGAAGGGGUGUCCACAUACUUUUGUAUAUACAGUGGGGGAAAAAAAUAUUUAGUCAGCCACCAAUUGUGCAAGUUCUCCCACUUAAAAAGAUGAGAGCGGCCUGUAAUUUUCAUAAUAGGUACACGUCAACUAUGACAGACAAAUUGAGAUUUUUUUUUCCAGGAAAUCACAUUGUAGGAUUUUUAAUGAAUUUAUUUGCAAAUUAUGGUGGAAAAUAAGUAUUUGGUCACCUACAAACAAGCAAGAUUUCUGGCUCUCACAGACCUGUAACUUCUUCUUUAAGAGGCUCCUCUGUCCUCCACUCGUUACCUGUAUUAAUGGCACCUGUUUUAACUUGUUAUCAGUAUAAAAGACACCUGUCCACAACCUCAAACAGUCACACUCCAAACUCCACUAUGGCCAAGACCAAAGAGCUGUCAAAGGACACCAGAAACAAAAUUGUAGACCUGCACCAGGCUGGGAAGACUGAAUCUGCAAUAGGUAAGCAGCUUGGUUUGAAGAAAUCAACUGUGGGAGCAAUUAUUAGGAAAUGGAAGACAUACAAGACCACUGAUAAUCUCCCUCGAUCUCGGGCUCCACGCAAGAUCUCACCCCGUGGGGUCAAAAUGAUCACAAGAACGGUGAGCAAAAAUCCCAGAACCACACGGGGGGACCUGCAGAGAGCUGGGACCAAAGUAACAAAGCCUACCAUCAGUAACACACUACGCCGCCAGGGACUCAAAUCCUGCAGUGCCAGACGUGUCCCCCUGCUUAAGCCAGUACAUGUCCAGGCCCGUCUGAAGUUUGCUAGAGUGCAUUUGGAUGAUCCAGAAGAGGAUUGGGAGAAUGUCAUAUGGUCAGAUGAAACCAAAAUAUAACUUUUUGGUAAAAACUCAACUCGUCGUGUUUGGAGGACAAAGAAUGCUGAGUUGCAUCCAAAGAACACCAUACCUACUGUGAAUCAUGGGGGUGGAAACAUCAUGCUUUGGGGCUGUUUUUCUGCAAAGGGACCAGGAUGACUGAUCCGUGUAAAGGAAAGAAUGAAUGGGGCCAUGUAUCGUGAGAUUUUGAGUGAAAACCUCCUUCCAUCAGCAAGAGCAUUGAAGAUGAAACGUGGCUGGGUCUUUCAGCAUGACAAUGAUCCCAAACACACCGCCUGGGCAACGAAGGAGUGGCUUCGUAAGAAGCAUUUCAAGGUCCUGGAGUGGCCUAGCCAGUCUCCAGAUCUCAACCCCAUAGAAAAUCUUUGGAGGGAGUUGAAAGUCUGUGUUGCCCAGCGACAGCCCCAAAACAUCACUGCUCUAGAGGAGAUCUGCAUGGAGGAAUGGGCCAAAAUACCAGCAACAGUGUGUGAAAACCUUGUGAAGACUUACAGAAAACGUUUGACCUUUGUCAUUGCCAACAAAGGGUAUAUAACAAAGUAUUGAGAAACUUUUGUUAUUGACCAAAUACUUAUUUUCCACCAUAAUUUGCAAAUAAAUUCAUAAAAAAUCCUACAAUGUGAUUUUCUGGAUUUUUUUUUCUCAUUUUGUCUGUCAUAGUUGACGUGUACCUAUGAUGAAAAUUACAGGCCUCUCUCAUCUUUUUAAGUGGGAGAACUUGCACAAUUGGUGGCUGACUAAAUACUUUUUUCCCCCACUGUAUAGUGUAUGUGAUGGGAUGAAUAGACAUUAUGGACAGUAUGUGUAUAGAAUAUACAAAAUAAACACUGAAAAAAAAUAUAAACACAACAUGUAAAGUGUUGGUCCCAUGUUUCAUGAGCUGAAAUAAAAGAUCCCAGAAAUUACAAAAAGCUUAUUUCUCUCAAGUUUUGUGCACAAUUUUGUUUACAUCCCUGUUGGUGAAUAUUUCUCCUUUGCCAAGAUAAUCCAUCUACCUGACAGGUGUGACAUAUCAAUAAGCUGAUUAAACAGCAUGAUCAUUACACAGGUGCACCUUGUGCUGACCACGAUAAAAGGCCAAUCUAAAAUGUGCAGUUUUGUCACACAACACAAUGCCACAGAUGUCUCACGUUUUGAGGGAGUGUGAAAUUAGCAUGAUGACUGCAGGAAUGUCCACCAGAACUAUUGCCAGAGUUGUGAAUGUUUAUUUCUCUAACAUAAGAUAAAUAAUGUCAUUUUAGAGAAUUUGGCAGUACGUCCAACCGGCCUCACAACCACAGACCAUGUGGUGUCGUGUGGGCGAGUGGUUUGCUGAUGUCAGCGUUGUGAACAGAGUGCCCCAUGAUGGCGGUGGGGUUAUGGUAUGGGCAGGCAUAAGCUACGGACAACGAACACAAUUGCAUUUUAUCAAUUGGCAAUUUGAAUGCACAAAAAUACCGCGACGAGAUCCAGAGGCCCAUUGUAAGGCCCAUUGUUUUUAAGAUAUCUGUGACCAACAGAUUCAUAUCUGUAUUCCCAGUCAUGUGAAAUCGAUAGAUUAGGGCCUAAUGAAUUUAUUCAAUUGACUGGUUUCCUCAUAUAAAAUCUUUGAAAUUGUUGCAUGUUGCAUUUAUAUUUUUGUUCAGUAUACAUAUGAAGUGGGUAAAACAGUAUGUAAACAUUAUUAAAGUGACCAGUGAUUCCAUGUCUAUGUACAUAGGGCAGCAGCCUCUAAGGUGCAGGGUUGAGUAACCGGGUGGUAGCCGGCUAGUGACAGUGACUAAGUUCAGAGCAGGGUACUGGGUGGAGGCCGGCUAGUGAUGGCUAUUUAACAGUCUGGUGGCCUUUAGAUAGAAGCUGUUUUUAUGUCUCUCGGUCCCAGUUUUGAUGCACCUGUACUGACUUCACCUUCUAGAUGGUAACAGGCCGUGGCUCGGGUGGCUGAGGUCCUUGAUGAUAUUUUUGGCCUUCUUGUGACAUCGGGUGCUGUAGGUGUCCUGGAGGGCGGGCAGUAAUAAUAAUAAUAAUAAUAUAAUUAAUAAUAAUAAUAAUUAGUCAUUUAGCAGACGCUCUUAUCCAGAGCGACUUACAUGAGCAAUUAGGGUUAAGUGCCUUGCUCAAGGGCACAUCGACAGAUUUUUCACCUAGUCGGCUCGGGGAUUAGAACCAGCGACCUUUCAGUUACUGCCACAACGCUCUUAACCACUAAGCUACCUGCCGCCCCGUAGUGUGCCCCCAGUGAUGCGUUGGGCAGACCGCACCACCCUCUGGAGAGCCCUGCAGUUGCGGACGGUGCAGUUGCUGUACCAGGCGGUGAUACAGCCUGACAGGAUGCUCUCAAUGGUGCAUCUGUAAAAGUUUGUGACGGUCUUAGGGGCAGUCGUCCUUCUGAACUGAGCUGCAGCACAGGAAGGAUGGUGGGGAUGGGGAUCUUAAAGCAGCUACAUAGUGGCUGUGAUGGGAGAACUGAGGAUGGAUCAACAACAUUGUAGUGACUCCACAAUAAUCACCUAAAUUAGUGAAAAUAAUAAUUAAAAUAUACAGAAUUAGAAUAUUCCAAAAGGCACUGAAUUAAUACUGAGAAAAAAACACACUUUUUGGCCUAAAUGUAAAUCCAUCACUGAGUACCACUCUUCAUAUUUUCAAGCAUUGUGGUGUUUGUAUAUAUUAUGGAUACCCAUUACUACUCUUCCUGGGGUCCAGCGAAAUUAAGGCAGUUAUACAUUUUAAAAACAUUACAAUACAUUCAUAACAGAUUUCACAACAUAUUAAGUGUGUGCCCUCAGGCCUCUACUCUACUACCACAUAUCUACAACACAAAAUCCAUGUGUACAUGUGUGUAUAGUGCGUAUGUUAUCGUGUGUGUGUAUGCAUGUGUCUGUGUCUAUGUUUGUGUUGCUUCACAGUCCCCGCUGUUCCAUAAGGUGUAUUUUUAUCUGUUUUUUAAAUCUGAUUCUACUGCUUGCAUCAGUUACUUGAUGUGGAAUAGAGUUCCAUGUAGUCAUGGCUCUAUGUAGUACUGUGCGCCUCCCAUAGUCUGUUCUGGACUUGGGGACUGUGAAGAGACCUCUGGUGGCAUGUCUUGUGGGGUAUGCAUGGGUGUCCGAGCUGUGUGCCAGUAGUUCAAACAGACAGCUCGGUUCAUUCAACAUGUCAACGCCUCUCAUAAACACAAGUAAUGAUGAAGUCAAUCUCUCCUCCAAUUUGAGCCUGGAGAGAUUGACAUGCAUAUUAUUCAUGUUAGCUCUCUGUGUCUUGUGGGGUAUGCUUGAUUUCGACAAAGACUGGGACGUUUUUCAGGAUGAAAAGAAACAGAAUGAUGGAGGAAAACCUGCUUCAGUCUACUUUCCACCAGACACUGGGAGAGGAAUUCACAUUUUUAGCAGGAAAAUAGCCUACAACACAAAGCCAAAUCUACACUGGAGUUGCUUACCAAGAAGACAGUGAAUGUUCCUGAGUAGCCGAGUUACAGUUUUGACUGAAAAUCUAUGGCAGGACUUGAAAAUUGCUAUUUAGCCAUGAUUCCCAACACCUUGACAGAGCUUGAAGAAUUUUGAAAAGAAUAUGCAAAUAUUGCACAUUUCAGGUGUGCAGAGAGGUGUAUUAGAUUUACCAAAGAAGACUCACAGCUGUAAUGGCUGCCAAAGGUGUUCCUAACAUGUAUUGACUGAGGGGGUGAAUACUUAUCUAAUCAAGGUUCUUCCACUUUGACAUUACAGAGUAUUUUGUGUAGAUCUUUUACAAAAAAAAUUACAAUGAAAUCCAUUUUAAUCCCACUUUGUAACAGAAUAAAAUGUGAAGACUUUCCACUGUGAGUAUUUUAUCUACAUGCUGCUGCAAACUAAAUCGCUAUUUUUGGAUACUAAAGAUGUUUCUCUCUCUAUUCUCGUUAUUCUUGAUUCUUUGAUCUUGUUCUUGUCCCUGAUAGGACCCCCCAGGAGUUCUAACUCCACACCUAUCAGCCAGCCGGGUUCCAUGGCUCCCAGCAUGCCGUUCACCUCGUCGCCAGACAACCCUCCGACUCAGAACCCCCUCUCCCUCAUUAUGUCACAGAUGUCCAAGUAUGCCAUGCCUAGCUCCACCCCCCUCUACCACGACGCUAUCAAGACCAUCGCCACCUCCGAUGAUGAGAUGAUGCCAGAUCGCCCUCUGCUGUCCGGAGUCAACAUCGGAGGUGCACUGACCACUUGUCUCGGUCAAAGUCAAGCCGUAAUCUACAAUUUUUGUGUGAUGAUAAUCUUUCUGUUAUUCCAUAUUUGUUAAAGAGCAAAUGGGUUUUAUAAAUAUUUUAUUUGAAUUGCCUCUAAUACAGUUCAGAUAUAACAUCUUGAGAUAAAAUGGGGCAUGUUAAUUUACAUGUUAUUGUUAUUGUAUGAAUGGUCCUGUUUAGUAAAUACAGUGAUGAUCCUCUCUCUCUCUCUGUCUCUCUGUCUCUCUGUCUCUCUCUCUGUCGGUCUCUGUCUCUCGCGCUGUCUCUCUCUGUCUGUCUCUCUCUCUCUGUCUCUCACUCUGUCGGUCUCUCUCUCUGUCGGUCUCUGUCUCUCGCGCUGUCUCUCUCUGUCUGUCUCUCUCUCUCUGUCUCUCACUCUGUCGGUCUCUCUCUCUCUCUGUCUCUCUGUCUGUCUCUCUCUCUCUGUCUCUCACUCUGUCGGUCUCUCUCUCUGUCGGUCUCUGUCUCUCGCGUUGUCUCUCUCUCUCUGUCUCUUUCUGUCUCUGUCUCUCUCUCUCUGUCUCCUGUCAGGUAACCCAGGGAACCACCAGGGCUCUAUGCUGCUGUCCCAGAGUUCCAUUGGGCCCCACAGCGGCCAGCUGUCCCCCAACCCCAUGGGCCUGAACGGUAUGAACCCUGCCAUGAUGGGGUACAGCUUGUCCCCCAUGCACCCCCAAAACCAGAUAGGAGGGUUCCCUCGCAUGCAGCACCCCGGAGGCCCCAUGCACUCCCCUCUGGGCGGGAUGCCCCCCCAGUUCUCCCAACAGAACCCAGAAGAUGUCAUCCCCCCCCAGCAGCUGCAGCACAUGCUCAGUAAGGGCCUGUCCCACCCCCACCAGCGCGGCCCCCACCCCUCGGACUCCUUUAUGGGCCCCGACGGCCCCGACCUGAGUGACGUCAUCCGACCGACCCACUCUGGCAUCCCGGAGUUCGACCUGUCUCGUAUCAUCCCCUCCGACAAGCCCUCCUCCACCCUGCAGUACUUCCCCAAGGCAGAGGGCAUGUCCGGGGGCCAGCAGGGCCAGGGGAACCACCCUAACCCCCACCAGGGCCAGCCUGGCUCCCAGGGACCUGGCCAAGGCCCCCCUCCUCCACAGCUCCUGAAACAGCUCUCUGCCCCCGGCCCUCACAGCAAUGCCCCCUCCUCCAACCCUCACAUCGCCAACCUGCAGAACAUGAUGGCAGAGCACCAGCUGCCCCCCCACCCCUCCCACUGCGGGAUGGGUAGGCAUGGUAUCGGGGGGAUGCCCCAGGGAGGGUCCAGGGGAAUGGGGGGUCCGGGUGGAGGGGGCAUGGGUGGCCACAUGAUGCACCCUGGACACCUGAUGGGCAGGACAGGUAUGGGUAUGGGGCCAGGCCACACCCAGCAACAGCUCCAACAGCAGGCCAUGAUGGCUAACAGCCUCCUCCACGGUGGCCACCCCGGUCCCCAGCCCCACCCCUCCAUGAUGUCCUCCCAACAACACAGCCUAAUGGCCCAGCAGAACCUCAUGCUGAUGCAGGCUAAGCAGAGAGGUAUGGGCCUUCCCGGGGACCCCUUCGGCCAGCAAGGGGGACCCCUCAUGUCCCCUCAGGGCCCCAUGAUGGGUCCUGGCCCCCCACACCCCCAGGGUGGGAUGAUGGGCCCCGGCAUUGGCCCUGGCCCCCAGGGGCCACUCAGACAGAGAGGGAUGUCCCUGGACAGUCCCCUAGGCUACGGCCCUGGACCAGGGAGUAUGGCUAACAUGCCCUUC